CACCUUCCCAGACGCUGCCUGGUAGCUGAGGCACACACUCGUGGAAGACGUUUAUUUCCCCUGAAAAUUAUAUCUUUAUAGUUUUAUAAUUCAAAAAAUAAAAAUUAAAAAAGCUUAGAUAUGAGGAUUGUUUUCUGCUACAGAACACCUCCCUUGGUACAACAAAAAAGACCAGUGUUUACUUUUCAUUAAAAGAACCUGAAAAGGAAACUGGAAGGAACAAAAAGGUGGGAAGGUGAGAGGAAAACCAAGUGUGUUUAAUCCUGGAAGCCAACUGAGAAUAGAGCCUGCUUGAUAUACCAGGAAAUGAAGAACUGAAGGAGGGUUUAUUUUUAUUCUCCUUAGAAUUGAGGGUCUGCUCUUGGAGCCUUCAGACUCCAUGGGGAAGUGGGAUAAUUGAGUGGACUUUAUGAAUCCUAUAUCAAUGGCCAGAUGGAGGGGCCCAACUCAAUCUGUAGGCCCAACAAUACAAGAUUAUCUGAAUCGACCAAGGCCCACCUGGGAAGAAGUGAAGAAACAAUUAGAAAAUAAAAAGAAAGGCUCCAAGGCAUUAGCUUAAUUUGAAGAAAAAAUGAAUGGGAAUUGGAAAAAAUAAUUAGAAAAAAGCAGAGAGAAAUUAAUAAGUGAAAAUGAAAGUUCAUCCAAAAAAAAAGAAAGAAAGAAAAAGAAGAAAUCUUAUCAGUAUUCAUCUUCUUCAUCAAGCUCUGAUUCUUCAAGCAGUUCAGAUUCUGAGAAUGAGGAAAAGAAACAAUGAAAAAAGGAAAAGAACUGUUCAUACAGGUCAUCAGAAAGCUCUACAUAUGAAUCUGAAUCAGAAAGCAAGGAAUGUAAAAAAGAAAAGUCAAAGGAUGAAACAGAUAAAGAAAAGUAUAUUAGAAGACUCAGCAAAAAAAGAAAGAAGACUUAGCCUGAAGAUAAACCUUUCUCAUUAGAAUCCUCAUCAGAAUCAGAUUAUGAAGUGGAAGUUCAAGCAAAAAAGAAGAGACAUGAAGAGUGAGAAAAAGCAACAGAAAAAGCAAAGAAGAAGAAACAUCACAAGAAACAUAGUAAGAAGAAGAAAAAGAAGUCAGGUACAAGUCACAAGUCAGGAUAACAUAAAGAAGUAAGAUUUUCCUAUUUAAAAAAACAAGCACUUAAGGAAACUUUAACUGUGAAUGUUAGGGCAUAUUUACAAAAAUGCAUGAAUUUCCCUGUGCUAAUAGAAUUAUUCCUGGACUGAGUGUCAGUCAUAUGCCACUGUGCCAGAAAGGGCCAUAAUCAUUGCCUGCAGCACAAAUAUAUAAUUUUGUUAGUUUGUGUGUUUUUCCUUCCAUUGGUUAAUUCUUCUGGGAGCUAAAACCCUGUUGUUCAUACUAGUGGUUAAGACGUUUGGAAUUGAAUUUAAAUGUUUUAGAUAAUAAUUUGACCCCCCGGAAUGUAUCUUAUUUAAAAGUGUGUAAUUUGGAUACACAUAUAAAAUGUAAUUAGAAAUAUCUAGAUGACUAUAGUUGACAUUUUUGAAGCAUGGACUUAAUGAUAUCUCUAAAUCCUUACUUUUAAGUGCCCUGAAUGAUACAUUGGAUCAGAUGGACUUGACAGAUCUAUUUAGAACUCUGCAUCCCAAAGCAACAGAAUAUACUUUCUUCUCGAGUGCACAUGGAACAUUCUCCAAGAUAGAUCAUAUACUGGGUCACAAAACAGCCCUUCAUAAGUAUACAAGAACUGAAAUCAUACCAUGCACACUUGCAGACCACAAUGCUAUGAAGCUUGAAAUCAACCACAGGAAAAAGUCUGGAAAACCUCCAAAAACAUGGAGGUUAAAGAACACCCUACUAAAGAAGGAAUGGGUCAACCAGGCAAUUAGAGAAGAAAUUAAAAAAUAUAUGGAAACAAACGAAAAUGAAAAUACAACAAUCCAAAUGCUUUGGGAUGCAGCGAAGGCAGUCCUGAGAGGAAAAUACAUUGCAAUCCAGGCCUAUCUCAAGGAACAAGAAAAAUCCCAAAUACAAAAUCUAACAGCACACCUAAAGGAAAGAGAAGCAGAAUAGCAAAGACAGCCUAAACCCAGCAGAAGAAGAGAAAUAAUAAAGAUCAGAGCAGAAAUAAACAAUAUAGAAUCUAAAAAAACGGUAGAGCAGAUCAACGAAACCAAGAGUUGGUUUUUUGAAAAAAUAAACAAAAUUGAUAAACCUCUAGCCAGGCUUCUGAAAAAGAAAAGGCAGAUGACCCAAAUAGAUAAAAUCAUGAAUGAAAAUGGAAUUAUUAUAACCAAUCCCUCAGAGAUACAAGCAAUUAUCAGGGAAUACUAUGAAUCCUUACUUUUGAAAAUUAGUUUAUUUUACUUCUUAAUAAACUUUAGUUUACAUGAGGAAAGGGCCUGUGGGGGGAAAAAAGAGUUUGCUAUAACUUUAGCUAGCUGAAUAGUGUGUGCCUUUGAUCUUUACACAUCCUAUCUUUGCCAGUGCAACAGCCAUUCUAUUCUUAUUUGGUGAAAUUCUGGGAUGUUGUGUGCUCCUUCAUGUGAACAAGAAGAAAGGAUAAGUAAACCCCCAUUUCUAUGAAAUUUACCUCCACUUCAAUAGUACUGAAUACUGUUUAGCAUUAGAGUGUUACAUUGUUUGAAUUAACUUUGAUGCCAUUUGGAGGGGAAUCAUUUUAUAUAAACCCUGGUAUCUUUUUUAUUAAUAAAGAUGUGAAGUAUUUUGCAUGUUUUAUACUAUUAAUUUUUGAUUAUCCAGGGAUAUUCUAUACAACCAUUAAUCCUUUUUAUAUGAUUUAUGCUUAGGAUACAAGUUUGUAAUUUCUUAAUCUUACUAUAUUUCAUUACUAUAUUUCAUUCAUAUUGAAGCUUGUUUACUGCAAGCAAGUUAAGUGCCAGACCUCUAGUACGCUAUGUGUCUUGUUACAUGAAACUAUUUCCAAAAUCUUAGUAAGUAUUCUGUUUAGAAGUUCAGUAUCUUAAGCAUUAGUAUUGAUUUAAAAUAGGAGUUGAAUUUAGAAGAUAAUGACAUCAUUGAUCUUCCUGUGUUAUAUUUUAUUAAAUGGUGCCUCAUGUUUGUUGCUGAUUAAUGUUUACCACUAAUUCUGAAAUGAGUUGAGAAUUAUUUUUAUUUUACAUAUUGAUAUAUCAGAGUAAUAUUAAUUAUAAAUUGAUGUCUCAAAAAAACCCACCUGUUACAGAGGAUGUGCUAAUUGUAACAUAUUUACAAAAUAUUUUGGCAUGAUGAGGGAAUCAAUAGCUACUUUUUAAUAGCUGAUUUCAUAUCAACCUCCUUGAAUCACAGGUAAAGUUAUUAUAAAGAUAGAAAAUAUCAAGUAAAUAAAUAUUGGCUCCCCAAAUUUUUGCAGUUCUCUCAGUAAGUUUCUUGGAACAUUAUAUAUUUAAUAUCCUGAUAGAUCACCUUAAAGCUUCAUAACUUUAGUUGUUUUCUAAAAAAAAACAACAGCACUAUAUAUGCUGAUAAAAAUAUUAUAGUUAAGGGAUAUCUUAUAUCCAUAUAGAAUUUUUCAAAUUUGGUUUUGAUUAACAUAUGAAAGAAGCUUAUAUUAUUUGUAGAAUAUGGUAAAGACAUUAACAGCUUACCAAAUAUCUGUGUGCUCUCAUUUACUUCCCAGCCCCUUGUACUUAGGUAAUGCCAUUUGACUACUUCUAGCAGAGGGAUUACAGAGAUUGUAAACAGAAAUGAGGUGUCAUUUCAAUACUGGAGCAGAAAAAGUCCUGCGUGACCUUCCAGCCCUCUCUUUACCUGCCAUGGUGACCUGAAAGCAAUGUACUCCAAAUGGUGUAUCUAUAAGAUGGAUGCAAUCUGUAUCUCUAAGUUACUCUUUACAAGGGACCUGCCUUGGAGAGCUGAUGGACUUGCAGUGAAACUUUUGAGAGUAAGAAAUAAACUGUUAUGUGUUAAGCCACUGAGAUUUUGGGUCUUUUUUAUUACCACAGCUUCA